AUGUCCAGGCGCGGAGUAUGGGAGGUGUUCGACGACCUGGCGAAGAAGUAUGGUGAAAUAUGCUCCUUCCAGUUAGGUAGAACAUCCAUAGUCGUGCUGAGUUCCGCCAGAUUGGCGUGGGAGCUUUUGGAGAAGCGGGGCGACAUAUAUUCCAGUCGUCCCCGUCGAGCCAGCGCAAUUUAA